AUGUCCUUUUUGUCGAUCCAACGAAUCGAAAUCUGAAAAUCAGAGACAAGAGCGAAGGAGGAAAGGGAAGAGAGAGAGAGAGAGAGAGGGAAUGGCGGGAGCUGUAUCUCUGAAGAUCGGAGAUGGAACUGCAAGAUUCAAGAGAGCAUCGCUCUGUUCAUCAGCUCUGAACAUUGUUAUGCUCUUCUCAGUCCUCACUACCAAUCUCUUCGCCCUCUAUGCCUUCACUUCAUCACCAAACCCUCACCAUCAUCACCACCACAAGAACAUCUCCCUCAUUUCCGAACAUGUCUCUCUCAUCCUUCGCGAAAUCGAAUUCUCCCAAAAGAAGCUCUCUCAGAUGGAGAAACAGAUCCUUGGUUACCAAAACCUCGAUCUUUCACUUCCCAAUCUUCCCACCGAACUCACUUCCUUCCUCCGCCGCCAUACUCUCCCCCUCGGCAAGGAUUCCCGCUCCGGCAUUACCGAGCUCGUCGCCUCCGUCGCCCACUCCUGCGCUUCUUCCAUCCAUCUCCUCUCCCAGUACAUGAAUUACAAGCCCGGCGGUGCUUGCCCCGACGACUCCCAUCUCGCCCAGAAGCUCGUUUCGCAUGGCUGCGAGCCUCUGCCUCGCCGGAGAUGCUUCGCUCCGGUGGUCUCUAAGGCGGGCCGCCUCUUUCGUUUCCCUCUUUCGCUCUGGGCCAACGUCAGCGAUCAGGUUGUUGCCAGCUGGACUGGGUUUUCUUGCAAGGGCUUCCGCUGCUUGAAUGGGAAGAAACUGGGCGGGGAUUGCAUCGGUUGCUUUGAUCUGACCGAUGGUGGUCUUGAGAAGCAGAGGUGGAUCAAAGCCAGGGGUAAGAAUGAUUUCGUUAUCGAUGAUGUGUUGGCAAUGGGGGGUGGGAAUAUCAGGAUUGGGUUUGAUCUUGGAGGCGGGUCUGGGACCUUUGCGGCUCGAAUGGCAGAGAGGAAUGUUACUGUAGUUACUCGUGCGCUGAAUGAGAAUGCGCCUUUCAAUGAGUUCAUUGCUGCCAGGGGGCUCUUCCCAAUCUUUGUGACGUUUGACCAGAGGUUUCCGUUUUAUAAUGGUAUCUUUGAUCUGGUCCACACGUCGAAUGGUCUUGGCGACAUGGCCCGACCGGAGAAGUUGGAAUUCUUGAUGUUUGAUGUUGAUAGGAUUCUGCGGGCAGGGGGCCUGUUUUGGUUGGAUAACUUCCAUUGUGUUGAUGAAGAGCGGAAGAAGACGGUCACACGGUUGAUCGAGCGGUUUGGAUAUAAGAAGCUGAGGUGGGUCGUAGGAGAGAAGGUUGACGGUUCAGGAACUGGGAAGCCUCAGGUUUACAUGUCAGCUGUUCUGCAGAAGCCAGUUAGAGGAUGACUGAAAAGGUAUGGUUACUCUCUUGAUUUUUAAGUUUUCCUUGGAGGGAACAGGGCGAUUCUAUUGCUUAGCAUCUGUAUGAACUAGCUGUUCUGUUCUAUGUGGAGUACGGGCGAUCUCUUCUCUGUCCAAAAAGAGGCGACAGAAGGGGAUAUCCUGUUGGUAUGCUAGUUUAAGUUAGGUUGGCCAAGUUCUAUGUUUUAUGUGUUUUUUGGUUUCUUUGAUAAAUGGGGAAUAUGGAUGUAUCCAUCUUGGUGAGAGUGAGGAAUAUGGAUGUAUCCAUCCUGAUGGGAGUGAUUUUCAAGGAUCCUCGAAGCAUAAACAAUAUACGGAUCACAUCAGGUAUUUAUUUGGACAAUGUACCUUCCAUCAAUGGAAAUUGGACUUGUUAUCGUUACAAACCAAUGGAGACAUUUGGUUGAUGCUGUGAAAUAAGAUAUGAAUCUAUUAUCAUC